UUAUCGUUCUUUGAUGAAUCUAGCACUUCAACGGCAAGAGAAGAUUCUUUAAAGAAAAACUCAAAGAAGAAAAACUGGCAUAAAAAGAAAAGUCAAGGAAAUGUAUAUCAGCGUUUAGAAUCUUCUUCGAGUUCAAUACAUUCUACAGCUUCUAAACCUAAAGAAAAUUCAAAAAAAAAGAUUCCACUCUUUCACCUCCACGUAACGGCAAUACAUCGGCUGUUUAAGUCAAGAAAUCAAAAAAGAAAAAUUCUGUCAAAGCUAAAAAUAAAUCGCCUUACGAUUUAAAUUUAAAUCAUUUAAUUACAUCUGAAGGCAAUUUAAAAGGUGAUAUGUCCGUACAAGAAUUUUACAUCAUGAUAAAUGUGAAAAUUGUUAAGGGAUUUGAAACUUUGGAGAGAAGAAUGCUUUACACUUUAAAAAAGAAGUUGAAUAUGAUUGCCGAUGCUGUUAAAGUGAAUGAAGUUGCGUCUUCUAUUGACAAUCUUUUAAAGAAUCCGAUCCUACAAAAUCUUCCUAAAGAUAAUCUUGCAAAUUUUAAACUUUUGGAUUCAAAUAUUUCAGGCGAUAAUCAAAUACACGUAAUUGAGUACAUGACCCUUCGUUCAUCUGGUGCAAAGACAGUUAAAAGCGCAAUAAAUGAUGUAUUACCAUCGUUUUUAACAAAAGAAGUUCAACUUCAAUACAGUGGUUGUGGGAAAUUAACAAAAGGAGUUAGAAAAGAAAACUUUUCUCAAACUAAUAUUCACCGAUGUUUGGAAGGUGUGAUUUUAAAACUUCUUACAACAACGAAAUCGGAAAUUGUGUCAACAUUAAGUCGCUGGCUAUCUGAUGCAGUGGACAGAGAUGGAGGAAAACAACAAAGACAAUUAAAAAAAACAAGAUGA